AUGACCAAUAGCGACACUCCAAAGGUUGAAUCCGAAGGUAUCGGUAAAUUCAGGUGUUAUAAAUAUAUAGCCAUAAACAUAGCACUCAUAGGUCUCCUUCUUGUAUAUACCGAACUUUUCAUAGGAGAAACUGUAUUGGACCAAAUGGUCGUACUAGGAUUAACUAUCGUUAUUGCAUUUAUCCCACUAAUCAAUACAUUCUUCAACACAACUAAAUUGCUCAAUCAAGGAUCAACUCUCCUAGCAUUCAUCAUGUGUUUCAUUCUUUACUAUCUCAGAAUUAAGCUUAUAUUAUUUAGUGUCUACAAUAACGCGCUACUUACAAAAGAGGAUGGAAGAAUAGUUCUCAGAUCAAUAUCUCCAAAUGGUAUUGCAUUAAUUUUAAAUUCAAGUGCUUCAGAACUAGAUUUAAUAUUAAAGGAAGUAAGUACAGAAUUUGGAAAUAAUGAAGUUGUAAUCAACGAUUUUACAUCAAUCAAAGAAGCUGGACCCGUAAAAAUUAAAAUACCCACAGAACUAGAAAGUAAAACUAUAUCUAAAGUUUAUGAGCGCCUUAGAUUGGGCAAAUCGGGUCAGGUUUAUGUUUCUUCAAUCAAAUUUAAGAACCCAAAUGAUGCAUUCAAAUAUUCUCAAAUAUUAGGAAAGGCUAAAGAACCCACCAAGUCAGAAAAUGAAUCUGAAUAA